AGCGGCCCGCCGCCACGGGGCUGCGGAGCUGCCGGCGCGGCGAGGAGCGCCCCGGGGACGCGGCCCGCGCGGCACCGCCAGUGCCCGGCGCCGCCGGCCGCCAUGGGGGAACAACCCAUCUUCAGCACCCGAGCUCAUGUCUUCCAGAUUGACCCGAACACUAAGAAAAACUGGGUUCCCACCAGCAAGCAUGCUGUUACUGUGUCCUACUUCUAUGACAGCACAAGAAAUGUCUACAGGAUAAUCAGUUUGGAUGGCUCAAAGGCAAUAAUAAAUAGCACUAUCACCCCCAACAUGACAUUUACUAAAACAUCGCAGAAGUUUGGUCAGUGGGCAGACAGCAGGGCGAAUACAGUCUAUGGCUUGGGAUUUUCAUCUGAACAUCACCUUUCAAAAUUUGCUGAAAAAUUUCAGGAAUUCAAAGAAGCUGCACGACUAGCAAAGGAAAAAUCCCAAGAAAAGAUGGAGCUAACAAGUACACCUUCUCAAGAAUCAGCUGGAGGGGAUAUUCAGUCUCCUUUAACGCCGGAAAGUAUUAAUGGGACAGAUGACGAGAGAGCGACGCCGGAAGUGACGCAGAACUCAGAACCAAGGGCUGAACCAACCCAGAACGCAUUGCCAUUUACCCAUAGUUCGACAAUCAGCAAGCAUUGGGAGGCAGAACUGGCCACGCUCAAGGGUAAUAACGCUAAGCUCACAGCAGCCCUGCUGGAGUCCACUGCCAACGUAAAACAAUGGAAACAACAACUUGCUGCAUAUCAGGAGGAAGCAGAACGUCUUCACAAGCGGGUGACUGAGCUAGAGUGUGUGAGCAGUCAAGCCAAUGCAGUCCACACACAUAAAACAGAAUUAAACCAGACAAUACAGGAGUUAGAGUCUACACUGAAGAAAAAAGAAGCGGAAAUCGAGGGAUUGAAACAAGAAAUCGACAAUGCCAGAGAGCUCCAGGCACAGAGGGAUUCUCUGACCCAGAAGUUACAGGAAGUAGAAAUUCGAAACAAAGACCUGGAAGGCCAGCUGUCUGACCUAGAGCAACGUCUGGAGAAAAGUCAGAAUGAGCAAGAAGCUUUUCGCAAUAACUUGAAGACACUUUUAGAAAUUCUUGAUGGAAAAAUAUUUGAACUAACAGAGUUACGAGAUAACUUGGCCAAGCUAAUAGAAUGCAGCUAAAGAAAAUGGGAUUUCAGUGCCAAUCAGCUUAAAGAUGCACUGUCUCUCUUCAUAGGACUGUGUUGGGCUCUGCAUCAAAGUUGCACAAAAUUAGAAAAUGCUCCUCUGAGAGGGCUUGUUUUAAAUUUGAGUCGUAUUUCAAUUAAAAUUUAGAACUCAGCUUGUAGCUAGUUGAAGAAGAAAACAACAAACAAAAAAACUUGAAUUACAAAUUACCUCCUUGUACAUUAUUGGCCACAGAUAACUUGAAAGAUAUUAACAGUAAUUGAAUGCAAUCCUUUUCUAAUUAUCAGCGAUGGAAGAAUUAGCAGUGUCCCAGGUCACACCCCCUUUUUUGAUAGACACAGUAUAGGUUAUCUGCUGUUUUAUUUAUUUAGGAUAUUUAAUUGCGGUGUUCGUGCAAGAACUUAGUGAUGACAGCCCUGUAUUUUGUUCUUCUUAAUAAUUUCUCAGGAUACUUUGCACUGUGGAGCAGCAGUGCCAUUACCAAUUUAUUCUUGCCAGGAGUGAGAGAGAGUUGCAUCUUUAAUUGAAACAAAGUUACUAUAAACUGCUUGUAUAAAGUUUUUCCUUUUGAGGUUUUGUUGGUUGGUUGGUUGUUUUUUGUUUUUUAUAUACAUAUAUAUAUAUAUACACGUAUAUAUAUAUACAUAUACAUAUAUAUAUAUAUAUACACUGGAAGAUACAGUAUUUCUUUAUGGAGCUUACUCUGGUGUUCUACAAUAUUGUCCAAUGUAAGGUUUACUUUUUCAUAUGAAUUCCAUGUAUUUACAGUGAGAUACUAUCUUCUACUUAACUAUAUUUUGAAGCCAACCAAUGAUGGAAGGUGAGUCCACCAGGGGAAAAAAAGGGGGGGGGGGGGCAAAAACCCCUGCAAAUUUCAAAUGUAAAAUUUGACAUGCACAGAUAACAAGGAAUAGCCAGGUGUUUGUUUUCUGGCCUUGAUACAUAUAUCGAAUAUGUAUGUUCAAUUAACUGUUAACCUGUUCUGCAGGAGACUUUUUCAGAAUGUCACGUGAACUUCAGGUUUUGUGAAUAAUGGCUUAUGGGGAGCACUGUUCUAUUACAGAUUGCAUAAAGGACAUAGAGCUAUUGCAAGGGAUUACUCGUACACGGAACUUGUCCAGCCAAGAAAGCUGUUUCUAGAAGUUUUGUUGUCAUAGCAAAUUGAAAUGGAGACAUGUUUACUCUUUUAUGGGUCUUCAUAUCACAUCGUUAUUGAAACUACACCAGGCAAUAUUCUGAACUGUUAACUAAAUGUUUAAAAACAGAAAAUUGAAUUCAAUUAUCCUCAGUGAGCAGGUUUUAAAGUUGUUUUGAUGUAAUUUUAACAGACUUUUGGCAAACACACAUUUCUUUAUAUAAUAGAUUUAUUUAAAAAAAACCUCUUUGAAAGGUAAGCCAAGUGUCAUGUGUCUUGCAUCAAAGUACAUUCUUGCCAUAAAUUGCUUGUAAUGUUGAAGAGGGCUUUUUUAAAAUGUAUGAAUGAGUGUCAGACUUCAGAGUCAAAAGAUGCACGGACCUUUGUUUGCUCCCCAAAUUAAUUUGAAUGUUAAACAUGAAAUUUAGCUGCUUAUUAAAUUUGUACAACACGAUUUUCUCCACUUAGAGACUGCUAUUCAAAACUAGAGAAGAUAAGUUUGUUUUCUUGUGUGUACUGUGUGUAUAUAUCAUAUAAUACACACAGGUUCUCAUUUAUAUUAGAAAUACAUGCUUUAUUUCUAAAAUACUGGUUUUUUUCUUUACCAGUGAUUUAUCAGGUCUCCCCUGACUAGUCAGGAAAAUGGUUUAGGUCAAAUGCUAAACCAUCAUGUAUUAUACAUUAUGUACAUGUACACAAUGUUUAAGUUUUCUCCAUAUUUUUAGAGUAUUCUCUGAUUUUAUUUAUUAAAGGUGUGGGGGGAGCUUGGUUCAGCGUGCUACUGGUUGAAAACUUUGUGGUAAGCUACAUGUUUUUCAUUUAGUGGAUUUUAGAUGGUGGUGUGUCUAUCUUCAUCAGGUCCAGAUGAGCAGAUAUGACCAGUUUUUAAUUUACUUGGGGAUGUUUGGGCCUGAUUCUCCUGUCACUUGAGCUGCUGUAAACCAGAUGUGUCCUUGAUGUUAUGUCAGCAACAUUCAGUUGGCAUAACAUCUGUGGAAGUACAAGGAGAAUCUGGCCUGUUAAUGCUCAGUGGACAUAAUAAGGAUGAAGAAAGAAUAAAAACAUAGUUGAUGAUGGAAUAAAUGUAAUAUUUUUUUUAAUGAUAUUAUUAUUGACAUUUUUAAAGGUAUGAUGUUAUUUACAUGUGGGAAAAUAGUGGACAGAAAUAUUUCCACUUAAAUUUUGUGAAUAUGUGUGGUACAUGAGUAUUUCUAUGUAUACGUACACACACAUAUGUAUAUAAAGAACAUGGAAAAAUUUAGAUGUGCACAUUUUUAAUAUUUUCCUAUUGAAAUUAAAUUUAAAAUUGGAAAUUGA